AUGCCUACUCCACGCCGAAGCAAGAGGACCAAGACUCACCAUGAGACCGAGAAGCAGCCGGUGGAAGCUACUUUUGCCAACUCCAACGUCUAUCCUCAUCCUGACCCGCAGUUUGUCCACUUCUCCAGUCGGCGUUCAGUAGUGCAUAGUACCAAGGGCAUCGUGUCGUCUACGCAGCCUCUCGCAUCUGCUGCUGGGAUUGAAAUCCUCAGGAAAGGUGGAAAUGCCGCUGAUGCUGCCGUAGCCGCAGCAGCAGCAAUCAAUGUCACAGAACCGGGUUCUACCGGCAUCGGUGGUGAUAUGUUCUGCCUAUUCUAUGAUGCCAAGACCAAAAAGGUAUCCGCCAUGAAUGGCUCCGGCCGAUCUGGCGCGAACGUUACGCUUGAAAAGAUCAGAAAAGACCUCAAGCUCGCAGAUGGGGAGAGCGGCCAUAUACCCAUGGACCACGUCCAUGCGGCGACUGUCCCUGGCGCUGCGGCUGGUUGGGUUGAUUGUGUUGAGCGGUUCGGAAGCGGAAAGGUCACCUUGGAAGACGUGCUUGCACCCGCAAUUGAGCUCGCGGAGAAGGGCUUUCCGGUUUCUGAGCUCUCGGCGACAUUUUGGGCGAACAGCGAGGCUGACAUCCGCCGUGCCUCUCCCAACGGUCAUGAGAUACUCAAAAAAGACCCGUCGGCCCAGGAUGGCUGCAGAGCGCCAAAGGCUGGCGAAAUUAUGAAGAACCCAACCAUAGGUAACACCUUCAGACUACUUGCCAAGCACGGAAAGAAGGGCUUCUACGAGGGAGAAGUAGCCGAGCACCUUGUCAAGGUGGUCCAGGAUCUUGGUGGCUACCUGACGCUCGACGAUCUCAAGCAUCACGCAGAAACCGGCUCAGAAGCUGUGGACCCCAUUUCGCUAAAGUACACCGGCCAGAGUGUUGGCGAGAAUACUCAUGGUGGUAUCGAGCUCUGGGAGCACCCACCCAAUGGUCAAGGUAUCGUGGCUCUUAUGGCGCUCGGUAUAAUCCAAGAGCUUGAGAAGCAGGGGAAGAUUUCAAAAUGGAGCAUCAAGGAUCACAACAGAGCUGAACACCUCCACGCUCUUAUCGAAGCCCUGCGUAUCGCUUUCUGCGACGCGCAUUGGUUUGUCACCGAUCCUACGGUCGUCAAGGUACCAUCUGCCGAGCUCAUCUCGGAGAAGUAUCUCGCAGAGCGCGCCAAGCUCUUCAACCCAAAGAAGGCCAUUUCCGCGCCUGUACAUGGCUCGCCGGCGCAUUUACAAAGUGACACCGUCUAUUUCUGCUGCUCAGAUCCAGAGGGCAACGCUAUCUCCUUCAUCAACAGCAACUAUGGCGGGUUUGGCACGGGUAUUGUUCCCAAAGGCUGCGGAUUUACGCUACAGAACCGCGGCGCGAACUUCAGCCUUGACAAAGACCACCCCAAUGUGCUAGCGCCCAGGAAGCGACCCUACCACACCAUCAUCCCCGGUCUAACAACCAACCUCAACGACGGGAGUCUACACUCCGUAUACGGCGUGAUGGGCGGUUUUAUGCAGCCUCAAGGACACGUACAAGUUCUUCUCAACCAGGAGGUCUUCAAGCUCAACCCGCAGGCUGCGUUGGACUCUCCACGCUUCUGUAUUGGGGCUGGUAUGCCCAGCGCUGAUGGAACAAUGACGGAUGCGACGAUUUACCUAGAAGAAGGCAUCGAUCCGAAGGUUGUGAAGCAGCUACAAGCGCUCGGCCACAAUGUGGAACAGCUAAGUGGCUACAAACGCGGCAUGUUCGGUCGAGGCCAGAUUAUCAGACAUCACGUGGAUGACGGUGUGCAAGUGUGGAGUGGUGGCAGUGAUCAGCGAGGUGAUGGGGCGGCGGUGCCGUUGUAA